AGGUCUUGCUGAUUCCAGCUGCAGAGCACGGUGGUGGAGAGGUGAUGAUGAGGGGAAACAUUCUGGGGUCAAAUGAGGUCACCAGUCUCAUUUGCUUCUCAAUGUCCUUCCAGGUUCAUCUGCUGUAAAAAUGAACAAUUAAUCACAAGCAGGUGAAAUAAAUGUAGAAAAUCCCUUAUAUAAACUAAAUAAACGGAACCAUGUUUUAAGGUUUUAAUGAAGCUACGUGAAUCUCUUCUGGCGCUGCUGCCUGUUUCUGCUGCGUUCAGGUGGAUCGGAGUUAUUUUUCGGUCUCUGGAGACAUUUGUCUGACUGCGCGGCGGGACGCUGUCCUUUCUCUCCCGGAGCUUCGCCUCGGAUGUUGCUGCCGCUGCUGCUUGUUUAUCUGAUUACAGCCUUACAGGAGCUGCUUUCUCCUUAAAGCGACACCAGUUUAAUUAAUCAGCCUGAACCAGCAGCAGCAGCAGGAGGAGGAGUAGGAGGAGGAGGAGGAGUAGGAGGAGGAGGAGGAGGAGGAGGAGGAGGAGGAGGAGGAAGGAGACCGAGGCGGAGGAUGCAGAUGAAGAGCAGCAUCCAUCUUCUCGCUGCCUCCCUGAUCUCGGCGCCUUGCAGGAGGAUUAUGAAUCCGAUCUGAGCCGCCAUGGAUGCGGGGAAACCCUCCAGCUUCUGCUCGGAUUUCCACCCUGCAGGAGGAGCGGGCCGUGAACGCGUCACGCAUUCAGGUAGUCGGUGAAGCUGCGGAGUGUCCAGCGCGGCCUCAGUGAGGUAACACCACCCGGAACCCUUCCUCCCUCCACCCCCACAUGGACCUCUGACAAACGCCCUUAGCUCCGCCGCAGACGCGGUGCGCAGAUGCGGCGCGCCGAUGCGACGCGCCUGGUUGUCCGCGCUGCGCGUCGCGCUGCGGCCGCUCGCUGAGGCUCUGGUCCGGGACGGCGGCUGCCCGCGGCGCGGCAGGAUGGUGCGCAUCGCCAGCGCGCUGGGGCUCAUCAUCUUCAGCGUGGCGCUGCUCAUCCUGUCGCUCAUCAGCUACGUGUCCAUCAAGAAGGACUUCCUGCCCGGAUCCCCGCGGUACGGACCCAACGGAGGCCCCAGGAUGUACAUGUUCCACACGGGGUUCCGCGAGAGGCCACCUCGUAAACCCGACCUGAGCUCCCAGCUGGCCAUGAAGUACCUGGAUCCAGACUUCGUUCCUCUGUCCAACGCUCUGACCGAGGAUCUGCAGAACGCCUCUAAAUGGAGGACGGAGAUUUCUCAACACAUCGACAUCCCCCGUAACUUCACGUUGACCCGGGACUCCGUCAGAGUCGGCCAGCUGAUGCACUUUGACUAUUCCAGCCAUAAAUAUGUCUACUCCAUCGGCGAGAACUUCCGGUCGCUGCUGCCGGAGGUUUCGCCCGUCCUCAACAAGCGCUACAACGUCUGCGCCGUCAUCGGGAACAGCGGCAUCCUCACCGGCUCGCGCUGCGGGGCCCAGAUAGAACAAUACGACUUUGUCCUCCGAUGCAACUUCGCGCCAACGGAGAUUUUUAAGAAGGACGUUGGUCGUCGGACCAACAUGACGACCUUUAACCCCAGCAUCCUGGAGAAAUACUACAAUAAUCUGCUGACUGUGCAGGACAGGAACAACUUUUUCCUGAGCCUGAAGAAGCUGGACCGAGCCAUCCUGUGGAUCCCAGCGUUUUUCUUCCACACUUCGGCCACGGUGACCAGGACGCUGGUGGACUUCUUUGUGGAACAUCGAGGCCAGCUGAAGGUCCAGUUGGCCUGGCCUGGAAACAUCAUGCAGCACAUCAACAACUACUGGAAAACCAAGCAUUUGUCUCCGAAGCGCCUGAGCACGGGGAUCCUGAUGUACACGCUGGCGUCCUCCAUGUGCGACCAGAUCCACCUGUACGGGUUCUGGCCCUUCGGCUGGGACCCCAACACCGGGAAGGAGCUGCCGUACCAUUACUACGACAAGAAGGGCACCAAGUUCACCACCAAGUGGCAGGAGUCCCACCAGCUGCCGGCCGAGUUCAAGCUGCUCUACAAGAUGCACACCGAGGGUCUGCUGAAGCUCAGCCUGUCGCACUGCGCUUAGCGGCUGGAUUCAGACCGCUGACCAGCACCGCUAACGGCCAAACUACGGCCAAACUACAACAUGGAGUCAUUCAGAGUGAAAGCAGAAUCAGGACAUAAGUGACCUGAGUGAAGCCGGCCCCCAAACCUGCUUCAAAGCUAAUAGAAUUAGCAUCUAAGGUUUGUGCCGCGUUUUUGCUGCCAGCAUUUUAAAAACAUUAAUUGAAAAGUUUUCAGAGGCUAACCGGCCUUCUACGUCCAAAUUGGUGUCAAACAUUUGUGCUGCAGAAAUUUUUGUUUGUGCUGCUUUUGCUUUAAACACACUAAUAAAAGUUCAAAGGUCAACCAGCUCAAACACUUUACUCAAAUUUAACAAAAUUUGUGUUAACAUUUGUACUUGAUUUGUGCUGCAAUUUUUUGUGCUGCUUUUGCUGGAAAAUAGUAAUAAAAGUUUAAACACAUGAUCCAAAUAAACCGAAAUUGAUGUCAAA